AUUGCAGCAGAAGCAGGCGCUGCGUCGCGAAGGGAAGGGGAGCCGCCUGGGCAGCCGGGAAGAGGGCUGGGAGGGAGCAAAAUGUGGAAAGCAACUGCAGGCCACACCAUCUCUGUCAACCAGGAUGAUGGUGCUGAUGACUGGGAGACAGAUCCUGAUUUUGUGAAUGAUGUGAGUGAAAAAGAACAACGUUGGGGUGCUAAAACUGUGCAAGGAUCUGGUCAUCAGGAACACAUCAACAUUCAUCAGUUGAGAGAGAAUGUAUUCCAAGAGCAUCAGUCCCUCAAGGAAAAGGAACUUCAAACAGGACCAAAAGCAUCUCAUGGCUAUGGUGGGAAGUUUGGUGUGGAACAAGACCGAAUGGACAAGUCAGCUGUCGGUCAUGAAUAUCAAUCUAAGCUUUCUAAGCACUGUUCCCAAGUGGACUCAGUUAAAGGUUUUGGCGGGAAGUUUGGUGUGCAGGUUGAUAGGGUUGACCAGUCUGCUGUGGGAUUUGAAUACCAGGGGAAAACAGAGAAACAUGCUUCUCAGAAAGACUACACAAGUGGAUUUGGUGGUAAAUAUGGAGUACAGGCCGACAGGGUAGACAAGAGUGCAGUGGGAUUUGAUUACCAAGGGAAAACUGAGAAGCAUGAAUCGCAGAAAGAUUAUUCCAAAGGUUUUGGUGGUAAAUAUGGUGUUGACAAGGACAAAGUGGACAAAAGUGCUGUUGGCUUUGAGUACCAAGGCAAAACUGAAAAACAUGAAUCGCAGAAAGAUUACACAAGAGGUUUUGGUGGAAAGUUUGGGGUACAGACGGACAGACAGGACAAGUGUGCACUCGGUUGGGAUCAUCAGGAGAAAGUACAGCUUCAUGACUCUCAGAAAGACUAUAAGAGUGGUUUCGGAGGGAAAUUCGGUGUUCAAACAGAGAGGCAGGACCCAUCUGCUGUGGGGUUUGACUACAAGGAGAAACUAGCGAAGCACGAGUCGCAACAAGACUACUCUAAAGGAUUUGGCGGAAAAUAUGGUGUGCAGAAAGAUCGAAUGGAUAAGAAUGCAUCAACUUUUGAAGAUAUUGAGAAACUCUCAUCAACUUAUCAGAAGACCAAGCCAGUAGAAGCUGUGAAUUCUAAAACAAGCAACAUCAGAGCUAACUUUGAAAAUAUUGCUAAAGAAAAGGAACAGGAAGAUAGAAAGAAGGCAGAAGCUGAAAGAGCUCAGAGAAUGGCCCAAGAGAAACAAGAACAAGAAGAAGCUAAGAAGAAACUAGAAGAGCAAGCCAAAGCCAAGAAACAAACUCCUCCUCCAUCUCCCACCCCACAGCCAGUGGAAGAGAAACUGCCUUCAAGUCCAGUCUAUGAGGAUGCUGUUUCCUUCGAAUCCAGCUACAAGAACUCAGAUACAAAUUAUUCUGCAGUACAUGAGUCAGAAAGCAAUGGCAAAGCUGAAGAGUCUGACUACCAAGAAGCAAUCUGUCAGCAGGAGCCAGAGUAUGAAUCUGAGACUGUUUAUGAAGUGACUGGGGCACAAAGCCAGUAUCCCGCAGAUGAAAAUACAUAUGAGUAUGAAAAUGACCUUGGAAUCACAGCUAUAGCCCUGUAUGAUUAUCAAGCUGCUGGUGAUGAUGAGAUUUCCUUUGAUCCUGAUGACAUUAUCACAAACAUUGAAAUGAUCGAUGAUGGCUGGUGGAGAGGAGUAUGCAAAGGCAGAUACGGGCUCUUCCCAGCAAAUUACGUUGAGCUGAGGCAAUAGGAAACCAUGUCUACCAUUUAUGCCUUAAUGCUGUGAUCAUUCAUCUGAUUUUUACACUACAAAUCAUGUGACAUUGUGGGGAAGAGAAAAAAAGGAGGUGUCUAUACAUUUUCCUUUUUAUAUUUAAAUACUUUGCUGAUGCUUUUACCAAUGUUUACGGCUCAGAAAUUGCUAAUAUAUUGUAACUCUUAUGUUCCCCACCACAGUAUGUUCUCAUAAUUUUUUAACGUGUUCUGAAAUGGGGCUUUUCCUUCUUCUUUGCCAAAUCAGUGAUGGUCAUAAAUUUUUUCCAGGAAUUUUAGCUCUUUCUGACAAUAAUGCAUGUUUCAUUUGUAUCUGUCCAUGUACUGGAUUACGAAGUCAUUAUGUCCAGCUAUUCAUGUACUGAACUCUGUUAGCUUUCCAGACCUUGGCUGUGCAAGAUAUAACAUUUCCAUAUAAGGAACACCACUGGUAUAAAAAGAUAGGAAAAGGACCUGAGACUUGCAACUGUGGCAGUGAUUCAAUAGGAAAACUUUUUUUAUAACAUUGCAAGUAGGAAGGGUCCAGUGUAGAGAGUUUUAGUUUCUUGAGAACCAAGUGCAAAGUCCAGUAAAAAGCUUUCUUUUACAGUUCACCCUUCACUUCAGUGGUGCUUGUGCAAGAGAACUUCUUGAAGGUUAUGGUAUAAGUCUUUCCCUCUACAGGAGACUUCUAGCAUCUUAACAUAGCUUCCAGUUUGUUUUAUGCUUUCUCUGUUGGGCCCAAAGCAGCAUUUAAGCCCUUCACAUCAACUUUUAAGUAAGUCUCUUCUUUGGGUGAUGCCUGGGAAGAUAUCUGUGUGUUUUCAAGAGCCUUCUGCUUGCAUUUGUAUGCAAGCUUCCAGAUAAUUGCUUCCAGAUAAUUGCCUUACAGAUAAUGUGUGUAGAGACUUCGUUGCAGACUCAGAUACUCAUUUGUAUGACUUAGCGGGGGCGAUAAGGCCUGCCUGGCACUCAGUCUGUUUUGCAACCGCAUGUCACUCAAGGAAUGACAGUACAAAUAGUUGGAAACCUUGGAGGUAAUCUGUAUUUCUAAGCUAUGUAUGGAAAGCUACCAUGUUUUGUAUGUUCAGCUGAAACUGCCAAUAACUAACUAAAUAGUAAAGGUGUGUCUGCCUUUUGCCAAAUACUAAGCUGAAAUUCUUUCCACUAUUUCGAUGGAAUAAUGAGUUAAAAUUUGGUGAAUUUACCACUCUUAACUAUAUAAGUAUCCCUACCAAAGAGGAUACAUACAUAUGCUCAGUGUGCGUCCUGGCUUUUUUUUUUUAAUUUGAAAUGAGAAAUUCAGGGAGGAACUGACCAAGCAAAAACCCUCUUACAAUAAGGCCUAAUGGAAUAUAGAAAAUAUUUGUAUAAAAUGGCAGUGUACAGUGUAUCUAGAAGUAAAGCUCUUGGGAUAGGAGGGAGGGAUGAUGUGUGGGGGGAUGGGAAUUGGCAGGUUGGGACAAUCUUUAAUAUGAAUGUCACCUUUUCAUCUCCCAGAGGCUGCUUUCUGUCUCUCAUUUUCACUACAACCACUACAUUGGGUUUUAUAUGCUGUUUUAUCCAGUCUUGCAUAGGACAUCUCAUAGGAUACAUGUUUUUUUUUGUAAAUUUAAGUAUACAAAUAAACUUUUGCAACCAUU